GCCAGAACGCCAAGGCCCCCUGCCCGCCCAACUCCUUCUCGCCCCUCCCUCGGUCUGCCUUGCUCGGUGCUCGCUCACUCGCUGGCUCACCCGGACACACUGGAGACGCCCAUAGCAACACCAUAACGUUGCGCCGAAUAAGAUACUCGUUCAAUCGCGAGGACGGAUUAAACACCGCGCCGAGUCCGAGUUCCAGACUACAGACUCAGUGGGGAGGGCACGCCUCGGUCAUCCGUGCCGUUAGCAUGGGGCGAGAGCAGCGUUCGCUAGCACGUUUCGGAUAGCCGCCCCGAAGCCCUCGAGACUCUCGACGCAGGACUCGAAGGCUGCACCGGAGUUGGUAGUUUCGCCGUUCGCCAAGCGCGAAGUCAGCUAGCGGGGAAUAAACACGGGAAUGCUGCCGAGUUUCGAGUCGCUUCGCAGACAGAAAGGCGAGUUGGCGCCACGGACCGCACCGCCGAAGUGUUCCGUUUGGACUUGGCUUGGUUUUGGAGAGAGGGAGCGGCUCCCCGACGGACGUUUGUUUUGUGACUAGCUUGAGGGAAACGACACGACUCCCCCUCUCCGGCGUCUCCCUCCUGCCACCUCGGCUAAUGUUAGCAACUCAGCGUGAGCAAAACGGAUUGCCGACCAACUUUCGGCGAUAGUCCAGGAAACAAGUCGAAAACACAACUCAGGGUAGUUUUUGGACACUGCGCCAAAUGAAAGCUUUGUUAAAAGUGCCAUCAGCUCAGUUGGCCAUGUAGUUUAUUUUAUUGUUUUAUUUUUAUCUUGAUUUUUUUUUUUUUUUUACGUUUGUCGGCCUCUUUUCUUCACUUCGGAUGCUGGCAUCACCAACUCAUUUCGACCAUGAUGAUCAUAAGCAGAAAGCCGGAGGCCCCAAUAGCAACAGCACGUCACGGUGAUGGACUAUACGACUCAUACAUGAGGACGGACCACAUCCUCAAAGAGGACGCAGACACAACCAGUCCUUCUGGUCUCCCCCCCAUGCCCAGGCAUACAGCAGUCACUAAUAAGGGUGUGAUGAGGGAUCAGAUAACCACCAUACGCGGUGGCCAGCUGAAGGUCAAGUAUCUGUAUGAGGACUCCGCUAACAGUCGCAAGAUCAGUGCCAUUCCCACGGCCCCACCUCAGAACAGCGGGACCAGCGAUCAGACGCCCAGUAAACUGGCACCAGUAACCACCCUGUCCAAGGAUCACAGUGUUGACAGCUCUGAAUCCAGUAAAGACUCCAAUGACACCUCUGGCUCUCAUGGGAUCGCCAAUGGAGGGAACAGUACCAAGCUGUGUGGCCCCCUCACACCAGAACUGGCCGUGAGACUGUACCGAACUCAACUGACCAGUCUUGAGCAGACAGAGAUCCACUCCUACCCAGAUAUCUACUUUGUGGGACCCAACGCCAAGAAGAGGCCUGCCGUCACCGGUGGGAGCAACAAUUGCGGCUAUGACGACGAGCACGGCGGUUACAUCAACGUCCCCCAUGACCACUUGGCUUAUCGCUAUGAGUUUCUCAAGAUUAUUGGCAAAGGCAGCUUUGGUCAGGUGGCCAAAGUGUACGACCACAAACUGCAGCAGCAUCUGGCUCUCAAGAUGGUGCGCAACGAGAAGCGUUUCCAUCGACAGGCGCAGGAGGAGAUCCGCAUCCUGGAACACCUGCGAAAGCAGGACCGCAACGGCACCAUGAAUGUGGUGCACAUGCUGGAACACUUCACCUUCCGCAACCACAUAUGUAUGACCUUCGAGCUGCUCAGCAUGAACCUCUACGAGCUGAUCAAGCGCAACAAGUUUCAGGGCUUCAGCUUGCCUCUGGUCAGGAAGUUUGCUCACUCUAUCCUGCAGUGCCUGGAAGCCCUGACCAGGCUCCGAAUCAUCCACUGCGACCUCAAGCCUGAGAACAUUUUGCUCAAACAGCAGGGACGCAGCGGCAUCAAGGUGAUAGACUUUGGAUCCAGCUGCUUCGAGCACCAGCGCGUGUACACAUACAUCCAGUCUCGCUUCUAUCGAGCACCCGAGGUAAUUUUUGGCGCGCGCUAUGGCCUUCCUAUCGACAUGUGGAGCUUCGGCUGCAUCCUGGCCGAGCUGUUGACGGGUUACCCGCUUUUCCCCGGAGGGGAUGAGGCGGACCAAUUGGCCUGUGUCAUGGAGCUGCUGGGCAUGCCUCCUCAGAAAGUUCUGGAGCAGGCCAAAAGAGUAAAGAACUUUAUCAACUCCAAGGGCCAGCCCCGCUACUGUGGAACCAACACCCUACCUACGGGGGCCACCGUGCUGACAGCGUCUCACUCUCGCCGUGGCGGUAAGUUGAGAGGCCCCCCGGCCAGCAAAGAGUGGAUCGCUGCACUCAAAGGUUGUGAGGACGCCACCUUUAUUGACUUCAUAAAGAAGUGUUUGGACUGGGAUCCCUCAUCUCGUCUGACGCCUAGCCAGGCCCUCAGACACCCUUGGCUCUAUCGUCGGCUCCCCAAACCACUACCUGGAGCCGAGAGGAGCCAAGGGGCUCCCGUGAAACGGGUCCCCGAGCACCAUCGCACCUCCUUCCCUUCCAUCACGGCCAAGGGGGGAUCUGGCCUUGGGUCUACCACAGCUACCAACAACAAACUGAGGAGCAACAUGUUGGGCGAUUCAGCAGAGGCCAUACCUAUUCGCACGGUCCUACCCAAACUUGUCACUUAGAGACAAGAGAGCGCCAGUCAUCACCUCUCUCCCUCCUCCUCUUCCUUCUUCCUCCUCCUCUGCACUUCUCAGGAGUAGUCAGAGUGCAGGAGUCUAGGUUUUAAAAUGUUUUGUCGUUCUUUGUAUUUGAUUUCUACUGAGCGGUGUCGACACCCCCAGUUCUGACCUUUUGAUAUUAGCUGAGCAAAGGCGAGAAGGACACAUGCAAAACUUUUACAAAGUUUUUAUACAGAGGAUUUCCUUGAGCGGCUGUGAAGUUUCUAUACACGGUCGUUAAUUUAGCUCAUGCUUGGUACAAAUGUGUGAGUGUCUUUAGUCGGUCAUACUCGAAUGCCUCACUCUUUAUUAUUGAGCACUCUGAGAAGUUAAAAGGGCUACAACUCCCUCCUUAGCUCACCGCUAGCAGACAAAGAUUUACUCAAGUCAACAGUUGUGUAAAAGAACACACUGACACAAUCGGCCAAUAACUCAUACAUUUUGCAGACAGCGUCAUGUAGUUUCCGCAAUAAGUUUUUACCUCUUCUAAUUGGCCUCUAUAGUUAAAGCCUGGUGCUAGCAUGUCAGCUCAAAAUGUGACAAAAAGUACAUGUGUGCAUGAGCACGUUGGCUUGGUGGUGCUACUGUGGUAGACAUGAAGAGCGAUCUAUUUAAAGCCUCCUCGUCCAGAAGGGGGAGGACGACACCAGCUCUACUUGUCACCAAAGUGUCACGGCCGCACUUCACUUCCUCAGUUCUUGGGAACAUUUCACCUCAACCUAGCCUCCCCGUAGUCGUACAAUCUUGUGUGUGGCUCACUAGAAUUCCCGUGGUUCUAACAGUGUCAUGUGGGUUCAUAUGUUCAACAAGGGAUGGUAGAAUAUAAUAAAAAGAAUAAAGAAACACUAAUAUGUUGGAAAAUGUGCUAAAUGUGAGCCAGUAGCAAAAAUUCCCUUUCCAGGGUGCCCCCUGCGGUACUCAUUUGAAGGCAUGUUUCUCAGGGAGACAUACUUGAUACAUCCCUUAAUGUUAUAUAGCAAUAUCCUGUAUAUAUUAGGGUCGCCAACCACUCGGCUGUGGAUUGCUACCCGGUCGCAGAGAGAGACUGAACAAAAGAUUAUUAAUCAUCAGACAGUAGUAGAUGGUUUGAAAAUCAGUUGCGCCCGCCUGUGCCCCUUUCAAUAUCUUCAUCUUGGUCACAUAAGAAGUAGGUCCAGAAGAUAUAAAAAAAAUCAGUUCAAAUAAUUAAAAAGUUUGGAGUUCGUCUUCAAAAAGGUGAACUGGCCAAAUAGGGGAGAGCUAUCAACGAAAGAAAUGAUUAAAAAAAGUCAAUGGGCCUCAUUUAGUAGUAAAUACAUUGAAAUGUUCUCACUCCUCACUCUUGGCACAAUUUGAGCACACAUGCAAAAAUUCUGUUAAAUUCAUGACGCAUGCAUGCCAGCCUGUUUUCUGCUCAUCUUAUGUUAAUGAAUCAGAAAUUCUCUUUUGGGGUGGUGGGGGUUAAAUUACUACAUAAAUACUUAAUAUAAAUACAUAAAUUGCAACUCUAUCCCCCUAUAAAAGGAACGUCCAGCUGUCAUAUCUGAGUCAAUGCGCGGAGGUUGAUUUCGCAAGAGAUGGUUGAUCCAAAACAUUAAUCAUAACUUUAUCUCACAUUCAAAGCGUUGUUAUCAUUUGAGGGCUUGCUAAACAAAGAAACCAACAAAACUUUGUCCACUAAUUAUGCAAAUUGCUUAAUAUAUUCUGAGGUCAAAUUAGAAUGUGGGACAUAUCUAUACAAAACCAAUUUGAGACCCGAGAAUGACCAAACACUUUGUACAUUAUUAAAAUAUACAAUAGGGAAUAAAUAUAGCACAGUUGGUGAAUUUUGUUAAAUUAGUAUAAGAACAUAUGACAUCCCAACGGGUAAUUGAGAUUAUCGUAGGAAUUGGAAAGAAUACCUAAGCCUUAAAAAACUAGAAAAUGCGAGUGGUUUAAUAGCAUUUCCUUGAAUGUCAGCAUCGGCCACAUAAAAUGCACAUAUUCCACUGUACAAGCGCUUGACGGGUAAAUGAUGAGAAGUGCCCUUUUGGUUAUUUGGAACACUCAACCCAUUGGCAAAUUCCUGGUUUGAGUUGUUAUUGCUUUUAUGAGUGACUGCUGUUGCAAUAUGUUUUGCGUCUUGGGUUAAAGAUGUGUGUCUGAUGUGUUUUUGAUGGCUGAUCCUCCAUAUGCAUUGUCUGAGGAUAUUCUACAUUUGUUCGCACAGUCCAAGCAUAUUGAUAAAUCAAUCCGAGGUUUGUGUGUGUGUCUAAUGAGAUUUGUGCAUACACACGGUUAGAUGAUGAGAUAAUGAUGUCCAAUAUCGGCAGUCUGACCUAAGGUAUGGGUUUUUUGCUUGUUGACUCAAACCCACCAAACCACUUCUGUGCAACGUCUCAGUAGUAAAAGACACGUGCUGCGCUCCCAAUAAUUGCAACAACUACAUUCAUGUUAAAAAAAAAAAAAAGAGGGAAAAAAAAGGUUGGGGACCGGCUGCUAUAAUGGCUCGCGCUUGCAUAAAGUUCAGUCGUGUUUCUGUGACGCAGGGGAACCGCAAACGGUGUCCGGGCUGCAUGCUCCACAAUCUGACCUAAAUCCACCCCCCAGCCCCCUCCUUUUUUCUCACACUGCGUCAUGUAGGCCAGGGAACCUCAUCAACCCAUUAAUAUACUGUAUGUGUUGAAUUAAUGGUGCUGUCCUGUCACGCACGUACACACAAGCUCACAUACUUAAACAAAACGUUGUCAGGUGCAUGUUGUAUGGACCACACUGCUCAAAGACUUCUAUUUCAUCCCCUGUUUUCAAAGUAAAACUGUCAGGGAUUUCUACUUUUUUUUUUUUUUUUUUUAAAUAGAAGUGGUUUCUAUUUUGAGUCACUCCCAAAAUAAGAGUUUCAAUAUCAAAAGUUUAUAAUGCAAAUAUGGAAUAAGAAGACAAAAAGAAGUUGUAUGCUGUCAUGUUGUAUACUCGUGGUGUGCGGUAUAGUAGCGGGAUGUGUGGUGUUCCGGCAUGAGAUCACAAGCUUGAUAAGUUACUGCUGAGUGACGACCAGAAAAGAAAUGUAAAGUAACCAAAUGAAGUUGUGAUAGUUUUUUUUUUUUCUAAGGAAAAUAAAAGAAAAACAGUUA